GUAAAUUACAAAUAAUAAUAUACCCUUUAACUAUAGCUAUGAUUAUUAUUAUCAUAUAUACUUGCAUAUUAGCACAAAUUUUAGCUCCAACUAAAAAUGCCCAAAUAGAGGGAUUCGUAACUACAUGGUCUCAAAAUAAAUAUACUAAAAUGUUUUUGUUAAGAUUUUUACCAAUAAUUGGACAACAUAUUUUUUUAAAAGAAUAUAUUAAUGAAGAUGUAACAUGGCGUAUGAGAAUUUUAAAGGAUGCUAUACAAACAAUUCUACCUCCAACAAUUGCAAUAGUAGCGUUUGUAAUAUCUCCGGAAUUCUUAGAAGCUAAAUAUAAAUAUGCUAUAUAUGGUUUCUUUAUUGUUAGUCUGGUUUCUGGUGGAAUAACAUUUGGAUUUUCAAUGUAUGAUUUCUAUAUUCACAAAGAAGAUUAUGACAAUAAAAUUUAUGAAGAUGAACAACAACAACUAGAAGAUGAAAGGAAACAUAAGAGAUAUAAGAAAUAUAAAAUUUUCAUGUAUUUCAUUGGUUUUAUUGAUUUUUUAUCAGGUUGUGUUUUCAUAAUCCCAUUAUACAACAUGUAUGGUCUUAAAAGCGCAGCUUUUGUUAUUUAUACAACUUCAUUCGGAACGCUAUUGCUUGGAAUAAUUUGGUCACUUUUUCAAAAAAACAAACAUUCUUAUGGUUACACAAUAAGAACUUUAUUGAUUGGUAUAAUAUCAUAUUAUAGUACAACGGAUCAUUUACAGAUGAACGAAACUUCGAUCACAAUUUCAUUAGUAUCUGCUUCAAUCACCUUGAGUUUUGCAAUAAGUGAACUUCAUAAAUUGAAUGAAUCAUUUAUCUUUAAAUUAGAUCGUUUAGAAUUAAAAAAUGGAUGUUAUUAUAUUCCAGAUAAAAUUAUUAUUCGUGAUAAAGAAUUUAGAAAAUUUGAAGAUCGAAUUAAUCAAAUAAAUUCAACCGGUUUAACUAUGACAAGCUCGAAGGUUUGAGGAACAAAGAAGGAUACAUUUUGUACUACUAAAUUCAUUAUCUAAAAUAUUAUUAUUAAUCUUAAAAAUUUUAAAAUGAUUUUUUAUAAUUUUUUCAUAAACUUUGGAUAUAUUAAA